AUGGCUGCAGUGGAGAGGCAUGCUCGCGAUAGUGACCGUCCAGGACCAAGCUGGGCUGAUGCACAGGGCACUAUGGAGCUGCAGAUUGCCCACAUGGAGACGCGGCUGCGAGCAGCAGUCACGGAGCUUCUAGAGCCGACAGUCCAGAAGAUGACCGUUCUGGGAUCUGAGGUUGAGCACCUCAACACCUCCGUGGCGAGGCAUAUGAAGGAGCUGGACUCUCUACACUUGGGCCAGCUUCGAUUUCAGGAGCAGGUAGGCGCCGUCGCGCAGAUAAAGGAGGAAAUGGGUCGGUGGGACAGUCAGCGACGAAUCGCAGAGGCCUCCAUGGAUGAGAAGCUGGAAGCUAUGCUCCAGAAGCUGGAAGCACAGCGGUUUGCUUUGGAACAGAAGGAAUCCACGCUGCAUCAUAUGCAGCGGAAUCUGGAACGGGUGGCCAAUGAGGUAAACCGGCUUGUGGAGGAUCAGGACGCAGUUCGGGACAUCUGUGAAGCUCGUGUCGACGAGCAGAGCAGACGAUUCACUCAGUUCAAAGCUGAAACCGAAGUCCGAUUUGCCAGCAUGGAGAGGCAGCACAACGCCCUGAGUGAUGAACUCUGGGGAGAUGAGCUGGGAUUGGCGAAGAUAGCCGGAGAACUGAAAAAGACGAAUGCGACCUUCGGCAAGCUCGAGGAUGCAGUAGCUGCUCUACAAGAAGGCAAGGCAGAAGCCGUCCAGCUCGAGAAGCUGCGGGCAGACGUGGCCAAGAUGGUGCAUGAAGCGAAGACCUCCACUUCACAGAUGCGGCAGACCGUUGGUGAGGUGGUCAACGACGUGCGAGAGCAUUUUCGCACAGCGUCCGAGACCAUCGCCUCCCACAAUGCCAACUUUGUGAAGCAGGUGCGCGAGGAGUAUCAGGUCGAGCUGUCCAACUCCGCGAAGCUUCGGGAAGAGGUGAAAAGCUUUAUGAGCAAAGCCACGCAAAGUGUGGAGAGCCUGGAGCUGCGCGUAGAUGAGGUGGCAUCCAAGGCAAAUGCCUUGGCAGCCGAAGCACGUGAAGAGCUGGAGGAGCUGAACAGACGGAGGAAAAGGGACAAAACCUCGGCAGACAACGAGCUGAAGGCGCUGAAGAAGAGACUUGGUGGUGUUUUCGACAACUCUGAUGCAGUCCUCCGUGGAAUCGAGCACAUCUACUCGGUGCUGCAGCCAGUCCUGGAGAGUGAGCUGAUGCAAUGUGCUCUCGAGAAGCAGGAUGCAGUGGAUCGCGACAGAAUUUCCUUGAUGGGGGUCAAAGAUGACGAGCGAACUCUGGCCCGCACGACACAUACCGAACCUCAGCAACCCAGACCCGAGUGUCGUGUGAAAACGGCGCCCGGAGGCAUGAAGCCGUCCAACACCUCCAACACGGAUGCAAACCACGGAUUGGCGCAGGCCCAGAAGCCCGUGGUGAGGGUUGACAACCGCUGCGUCUCUUGCAGUGGGCAGGCUCCACUCGUGCUUGCUGCGUUCAAGAUGGCUUGCCUUCACUAUGCGCCUUCGCCGAUCGACUAUCGAGGCGCCGCCGUGGAGCGCUACGAACUUCUGGACCGCCGAGAGCAGCUCCUGCUCACGGCCAACAGAUCUUUGGUGCAAGGGCCAAGUGCCUUUGAUGGGGGCACAGGCUGA